GCGAACAUGGCUGCACCAUGAGCCGCCUCCCAGAGGCUCGCCACCGCCGCCGCUGCCUCCUCCUCCUCCAGCCGCCCGAGCGCUAGCGCCAGCCCGUGGCUUGAGCCGAGGCCGAGUGGGGGAGUGCAGCGGCCGAGGGGGGGAGGAGGAGGAGGAGGAGGGACAGCCCUCCCCGAUCUCCUCCCCGAUCGCCCCCCCUCGACCGACGCCGCGGGGGGAGGAGCAGGAGCUCCCCGACUAGUCGAGGAACCGACCGACGGACCGCGGCCGGCCUCAAGCGCCCGCUCCCCGGCGCCCACUCCCCAUGGAUAGGAACUACCCCAGCGCUGGCUUCGGGGAUCCGCUGGGCGCCGGCCCGGGAUGGAGCUACGAGCGCUCGGCCAAGGCCAGCUUGGUGUACGGCGGAUCCCGAAGCUCGCAUCCAGACACAGAUAUUUUACACCGCCAAGCGUAUGCCACUCCCCAUCCUCUGCAGGGCUAUGCCACAAACCAUCACCCAGCAGGUCUUUCUGGCUUAUUCGAGACUGGGCUCCAUCAUGCCAGCAGUGCCACCCCCGAUGCCUCUGUCAUGAACCUCAUUUCAGCUCUAGAAUCGCGGGCACCACAACCAGGCCCUUCUGCUUCCUCCCUGCUCUCUCAGUUCCGAACUCCAUCCUGGCAAACAGCCAUGCACACUCCAGCGCCCGCUGAACUUUUCAUCUCAGGGGCCCUCCCAGGUUCUGGCACCUUCCCUUCCUCAUCAGCGCUCUCUGCUUACCAGCAUCCAGCCUCUUUCAGCGGGCGCAGCUUUCCAGUCACAUCAUCGCUGACACUCCAGGAUGCUACUUUCAGCCCAACAUCCAAUGGCCUAUUGUCCCCUCAUGAUCCUCUACUUCACAUCAAAUCUUCUCAGCCCAGUGUUCCUUCAUCCCUCAGUUUUGACAGACUGGGCAGUGCGGUAUUGGGUACGGGCUUGCCCUCUCAGAGCUCAGCGUAUCGUAGCGCUCAAGAAUCAGCUUCCCGCCACCUCCCCUCCCAGUUCAAUCUUUUGUCAUCCUCGCUGGGACCAUCUGACCAGACGUCCCAGCUCUACAACACUUCAGUCUUCUCCAGUUCCCCUGCCUCCUCCAUUGAGCGGGCCAUCCCACGGCAAGAUAGCGUGAUCAAACAUUAUCAGAGACCUUCCAGUGCCCAGCCGCAGCUGCCCGCUGCCCAUUCUCUCCAGCAUUAUCUAAGCUGCGGGGGCAGCUACCAGCAGAUGCCCCACCGCUCCAGCCUUUCCUGCAGUCCCCUUGGCGAGCAGUCCCCCGCCAGCAGUGAAGGCUCUCAGCAGCAGAAGGCCCCCCAGGCCACGCGGCAAGAGCCCUCUCAAAGCUACCGUCCCAUUAUUCAGUCUCCAGGCUAUUCUGGUACCACCUCUUCUUCAAAAUCGAAGAGUUACUCGGCCUCCCGCCAACCACCCCGUUCUACAGCCACGCCCAAGUGCCAAAGCAACUACAGUUCAUCCACACCCAAGCCCAGCUCGGUCAUUGCAAGCCAGUCACAGGCCUAUUCUCCUGGUCAGCCCCAGAGUCUCCUUUCUAUGAGCCAAACGCAGAGUUACUCUGUCAGCCAGCCACAAAAUCUCUCUUCGGUUAGCCAGGCCUCACAAGGCUUCAGCAGCAACCAAGCCCAGGACCUCACAAGUGUGAGUAAAGCUCAGAGUUAUUCCAGCAGUGGACAAGCUCAGCAGGGCCAAGCUGGGCAAGGAGGACAAGGGCUGCAGACAUGUCAGAAUCAAACUUACUCUCCUGAGCAGCUACAAGGCUUAUCAUCUGUUGGGUACAGUGUUCAGGCUGAGCCCCAUGUUUCAGUCAGCCAGACACCAAGCUAUGUACCAGCUCAUUCUCAAGGGAUGCCCACAGCUAGCCCAUCGUUGAGUUACAGCACUGGCCAUUCUCCAGCUAUGCCAGGGCACAGCCAGUCUAUCGGCUACUCCCAUGGCCAGAACCUUCCUGAUUCAAGUCCUUCCCAAAUCAUCCGGCCUCUCCAGUCACCUACCACUAACCGGCCCCAGAGUGUGGCAUCGCCUGGCCAGACCCAGAAAUAUCUCACUUCCGUACUGUCUCCUUCGUUCAUGCAGACAGCUCACACACAAAGUUACCAGGGUUCCCAAGGUGGGUUAGAAAGAGCAUCAUCUUACAAUAAAGCCAAGGCAGACUCGGACCUUCUAUCAUCUGAGAGAACUGAAGAUGAAGAGUUUUUAAUCCAACACUUGCUGCAGUCGCAGAGCCCACCAAGGGUGCCAACAGAAGGCAUGGUAGAGUGUGAGGAGAGGGCAGGGAAAGGGAUGGGCUAUGAGUUGAGCAAGACUGAAGAGCGUUACCACCUGCAGAGUGUGAUUCGGACCAACUCUAAUCUGGACAACCAAGGCCUGGAGAUGUCCUUGCAAAGCUUAAAGGACAAAAAGAAAGGAGAGAGGUCCAAAGAGUACUCCCACACGCGUUCCACUCCAGAGUCUUUGGCCACCUCAGUGGUCCACUACAGCCAUCAAGCUGGCUCUAUAGACUCUUAUGGGCAAGACAUAAAGAAGUCAGUAGAGCAGCACCUCCAGAGUAGCCACAUGGAUACAAGCAGUAAGGAAAUCUCUCAGGCCCAUUCUUACUUGCAGAAGACUCCUGAGCACGCCUCCCAGCCUCAUCCCAUGGAGUCCCACGGAUUAAUGGCUGGCCAGCAGGGUGCAACCCUAAUGAUGGACUCCCCUCCCGAUUUGCCCUCUCUUUCCCUUUCCCAACAACAGCAGCAGCAGCAGCAGCAGUCCCAACUGCUCCAGUCGGUGCUCACUCACACCCAAAGCCAGAUGCACUCUCGGAAGGUUCGCACCCCGUUGGAUGUCCAUCUGAUGGAGCCUCAGCGCAUGCAUCAGGCUGAAGCGCCCUCACCGCAGCUUCAGAUGCAGGCAUUGGAAGCCCACCUCCAUCAGGCCCAUGUUCGUUCUCAAAGCAUGGAAGCCCAGCUUCUUGAGUCGCAGCAGUCCCCCCGGCUCCAAGGCCAGCUGCAGUCGGAAAGGAUGCAGUCUGAGGGCAUGGAGGUGAUGCCCCAAGGCAACCUUUCCCAGUCCCAAGAGAUCCAGGAUUUCUUAGAGCCCGAGCUGAGCUUGGAAUCCCACCUGGGACAGGGUGGGACAGUGCAGAGUCAACAGCAUCUCCUUCCUGACUCCACUUUGGACCCCGACUCCACUCAGCAAGUUCCUCAAGGCCAACUUGAAGGCAAGGACCAGUUUGAGAGCCCCAGUCCUCAAGGAGCCAAGCAACGGUUUGUCCCCCUCACUUCCAUCUGCUUCCCAGACUCUUUGUUACAAGAUGAAGAUCGUAGCUUCUUCCCUGGCAUGGAAGACAUGUUUGGCCCCCCUCCCUGUGCAGCGGAUGAGUUCCCUAAGCCAGAUGAUGGCACGCAGGGCAUGGAAAGGGGUGAAGGAAUGAAAGGGGGAGGCUACGAUAUGAUGCCUGGUGGACAAAGCUACCAGAGUUACUGCCAGUCGGAAAGUGGGGAUGGCCAGCACUUGGGGUUAGAUACAGUGUCAGUCAAACACGAGUUGCCUUCUACAGUCAACACAGAACAACUGGGACUGAUUCAGUCUGGCCAACAUGGGACAGCUCCUGUUUCAGAAUCCAAGUCAGGCCUGACCUCACCGAUCUUCUGCUCUUCCAAGCCCAAGAAAUUGCUGAAGACUUCCUCCUUCCAUUUGCUGAAAAAACGGGAACCACCUUUCCAGCCUCCCAAAAAAAACUAUGCCCAAGAGUAUGAAUUUGAAGAUGACGAGGACAAGGAGGAUGUCCCUGCUGACAUCCGCCUCAAUAGCCGCCGCCUUCCUGAUCUGCUGCCUGACCUCAUUUCCAGCUGCCGGACAAACCGGACCAGCCUUAGCCCCAUGGGCGACAUAGACUUUUGCCCACCAAACAGCAGCCUUAUGGAGGGGCCCAAGCGGCGAGGCCGCAAGCCUACCAAACCUAAGCGGGAGGGCCCACCCCGUCCCCGUGGGAGGCCCCGCAUCAGGCCCCUGACUGAAUCUCCCCACGGUGUGGCUCAUGAUGGCACCAAGAAGCCCCGAGGCCGGGGAAGAGGGAGGGGCAAGAAAGUCGGGGAGGAGGGGGUUGAGCCAGGUACAGGCUUGGAAUCCUUCAAACCACUCAAGAUCAAACUGCCAGUCCCCAAAGGUUUGGAGGGUUGUCAGUUGGAAGCUCCCACCCCAUCUCACCAGCCCAUCCAAGAGAGCAACUUGGAUAGCAACCAAACGAGGGAGAAGAUCAAACAGAAGAUUAAGGAGGUGGAAGAGAAGCAACCUGAGAUGAAGUCAGGGUUCAUGGCCUCCUUCCUGGACUUCCUGAAGUCAGGCAAGCGUCAGACGUUGCCUUCCGCUGCCAUCUCCUCGGCAGCGACAGUUGGGGUCUCCGGUGCAGCGGUACCUGUGGUCUCUUCUGCAGGCAGUCCAUCCAAGACAUCCCACCCACCAUCAGCGACGUCCUCCCAGCCCCCGCCUCCCUUUAGCAUGGCGCCACCAAUGCUGUCUGGUGGUUUGGAUGGACCUGAAGGAGAUGCAGCCGGGCUCGUCAUGAGUUGUACCAGCCCCUGCAAACGGCUUGACGAGGAACUGAAACGUAACCUGGAGACAUUGCCCUCCUUCUCAUCAGAUGAGGAAGAUUCUGUUAGCAAGAACCAAGACCUGCAGAAAAGCAUCUCCUCGGCCAUCUCAGCGCUCUAUGAUCCCACUGACCGUAAAGAUGGAGAACCCAGUGAUGUGCCACCAGUGGAGGUGAAAGCCCCUAGCCCUACUCCUUCAGUGGAGGCAGAUGUCGAGCAGGAGCAACUACCCCCACCCAUCUCCCCAGCCCCCUCACUCAAGGAGCCUCCCCCAAUGCUUGAAGAGCUACCACCACCACCACUACCAGCAGCAGCAGCAGCAGCAGUAGCACAACCACCACAAGCAUCUCCUGAACCUGAAGACCCUGAGGACACACGGCCUCUUCAUCUGGCUAAGAAGCAGGAGACUGCAGCCAUUUGUGGAGAGACAGAUGAAGAGGAGGUGGAGAGUGGUGGGGAGGGGAUCUUCCGAGAGCGGGACGAGUUUGUCAUACGUGUUGAGGAUGUUCAGGCUCUCAGGCUUGCACUUCAGACUGGACGGGAACCACCUCCAAUCUGGCGAGUACAGAAAGCUUUGCUUCAGAAGUUUACACCUGAAAUCAAGGAUGGGCAGCGUCAGUUCUGUGCAACCAGCAAUUAUCUGGGCUAUUUUGGCGAUGCCAAGAACCGUUACCAACGACUCUAUGUUAAAUUCUUGGAGAAUAUCAACAAGAAAGAUUAUGUCCGUGUCUGUUCCAAGAAACCCUGGCACCGGCCUCUGCAAGCUGUCAGGAGACAAAGCCAGCCCAAGGCUUCUACCCCCAAGGUUCCAGUGACACCCAAAGUUGAAAAACCCGAGAAGCUGGAAGUCCCGGAGAGAGUUGAGAAACCCGAAAAGCUUAUUAAGGCUGAGAAGCUCCCCAAGGCUGCCGAAAAGGUGGACAAAACGGAGAAGCCUCCCAAAAUGGAAAAAGGGCCUAAGCCAGAAAAGGCCCCCAAGGUGGAGAAGUCUGAGAAGCCCACCAAAGCAGAGAAAUUGGCCAAGGCAGAGAAGCCUCCCAGAGCAGAAAAAGUAGAACCUCCUGUGCCCAUGCUGACAAAAGCUGCCCCAGCUGGGGGAGCUUCUAAACCCAAGUCUAUGAAGCCGGCCAAGGUGAAAGCUGAACCACCCCCCAAGAAGAGGAAAAAAUGGCUCAAGGAAGCAGCAUCUUCUUCAGACUCAGAUUCCAGCCCUGACCAGCAGAGUGAGGAGGAGCGUCUGCCCACAGGCCGCAUUCUCAAUACAAGAGCCAUGAAGGAGAUGUACCGCAGUUACGUGGAAAUGCUGGUCAGCACUGCCCUUGACCCAGACAUGAUCCAAGCUCUUGAAGACACAAACGAUGAACUUUAUCUCCCGCCCAUGAGGAAAAUUGAUGGGAUUUUGAACGAUCAUAAGAAAAAGGUGCUGAAGAGAGUGUCCCUGAAUCCAUCGCUACAGGAGGCACUCCACAUGUUCCCCCAACUCCAUGCUGAGACAUGUGAUACCACAGUUAAGUUGCGCCCAGGUGGUGAACCUUACAACCGCAAGACUCUCAACAAACUCAAGAAGAAUGUAUCCAAACCACAGGAAUUCAGUGUGGAAGUGGAGAAGUCAUUUUUCUAUACUCUGUACCAUUCCCUUCACCACUACAAAUACCAUACCUUUCUGCGUUGCAAAGAUGAGACAACGGCAAUUGAGGGUCAAGACGAAGAUUUGGGCCAGGAGGAGGUGGUGCAGCAGUGCAUGCGCAACCAGCCAUGGUUGGAGAAACUCUUUGACUCCUUCAGUGAGUUGCUGACUCAGGCGCAAAGCAAAUGUGCGUGACACCGUCAUCAGAGCUACGCCCCAGGAGGGGCCGCCUAACGCCUGUCCCUCUGCAGAGCCAGAGCAGGAAGUGGGGAGAGGAAAGUCGAGGGGUAUCAUUACAGGCAACGAGUUCAGACUCAGCUCUCACCACCACCACCACUCCCCCUUCUCCUUGGGGGUUUCUCUUUUCCUUAAUCAGGACACAGGACAGGCCUCUGCUAUGGUGGUGGAAGGUGGAGGUUUGCUAUGGCAGACAGGACACGUUGAAGAGGGUUCUCAUCAAAUAAUUGGAUGGUUGGAACACCCUUUUCCCUUUUGCCCUGGCUGUACAGAGAAAUAUUAUUUAUAUAUAUAAAUGUAUAAAUAUCUAAUUGAACAGCCUUGCUCCCUGCUCAGGAGGGGAUUGAGAAUAGGGGAACUCUUAAGGAAAGUCAUAGGAAUGGUAGUGUGGUGUGAUUUAGAGUCGAAAGGCUUCUUGGUUUCUCACCGCGGAGUGAGUUGACAGUAGUAAGAUUGGUGAAAAGAGAAGGACCAGGUUCUCCUGGAGUUCUACCCUCCAUCUCUUCCAUCAAGAACUUUACUUCUCCUUAGGGAGAGUUGAGAAUUGAGCGUGGGGAGGUGGUGCAUUGGCCACCCUUUAUACAGUGUCUAGCUUCUUUUAUCCAUAGUCUAAUCAGGAAGUAUGACCCCUAUUCUCCAACAACUCUAAUUCCAUCUCUGCCAAAUAACGGUUGUCUGGAGUGAAGGGAAGCCAUCCAUCCGUACACUAAUAGCGAUCACUUCUAUUUUUGCUUCUAAUAGGAAUAUUUAUUGCCAAGCUCCUUGUUCCCAAUUAUAAUUGGUAGCACCAAUUUUCUCUCUUUCUGGAGAAACCUCCCUUUCCCUCCCUGCCUCCCUUUGUGUUUUCAUGGGGCAAUUGCUGCUGGAAGAUUCACUUUUUUGCCAUUGAAUUGGGAAUUCUAGCUCAUUUGGGUAUGCGGAACUUUCCCUCCACUUUCUGAAUAGAGAGCAGUAUAUGGGCAGGGGAGAACCUUGUGACAUCCACAGCAACCUGCCUAGACUGUAGCAAAACUUAUGAAAUUCCCCCCCCCCCCCCCCCCCCCAGAUUUCACAAUAAGCCCCCCUUGAAUCAUGGGAGGAAUUGUACAAAGGACUUUAGAUAAGUCCCUUCCCCAGUGGUAGAUCUGCACUUCUUUGAGGGAGGGAUAAUUUUUUCCCCCAUUCUCCCCAUAUUACAG